AUGGAUACAUUCGGUGGGAAUCAAUCUGAUGACGGGAAAGGUUCCGGCCCAUCCUCCCCCGAAAACGAUGUCGAAGACACAAUGAUGGAAGACGAUGUCGAAAACGACGACGGCAGCGAAAACGAGGACAAAGAAUCCGACAACGAGAACGACGAUGACGACGAUGACAACGACGAUAACGAAAACGCCGACGAUGCCGACGCCGAUAACCAAGAUGAAGCCACGCAGCAGUUACAACGUGAACGCGAAACUUCUUCCGAUGCAGAUUUAAGGUGGAAACCGCGGAUACGACUGGGCGCCGAGGCUGCCACUAGUUACGAUAUUAUUCCUUAUGUUGCGGCACCGAUGAGUACGAGUAUACAUGCGUUCUGCGCGACACCGUGUAUGAAGUUGGUUUUCACUGGUGGUCAGGAUGGGUAUAUAAGAAAGUUCGACUGGUUCGCGAGUAUAAACGGGAAAGUUCCGUUGACGGUGGCGCAAAAACAUCCUUUUGUGGAUUCUGUUACGAGGGCAGGGGUACUACUGUCAUACUGGGAGAAUGAAGAGAUUCCGGAUAAAAACAGUCUAUCUGUUGAACCCGACGACAUAAAAAUAUCGCCAGUCUAUUCGUUAGCGACACAAAGUCAGGCUUUAUGGCUAUUAUCCGGUCUCGAGAAUGGAAGCAUCAAUCUCCAAUCCGUACGGCACGACGAGGGCAAGGUUGUAACAGUACUACGGAAGCACAAAUCCACUGUAUCAGUCCUCACGCUUGGCGCGGACGAAAAGUCGGUGUUAUCAGGCAGCUGGGACAGGGAUCUCUAUGAAUGGGAUCUGAACAAAGGCGAGGUAGUACGUGGUUAUGGCCCUCAAGCCGGUCAAAUAUCAGCGAUCCAAUGGCGGCCUCAAUCUAUAAUCCCGAUUCCUGUUGAAAGACAGCCAAUAAUGAAUGGCAUAACCUCGUCGGCACUUUCAAAACUGACAAAUGGCUUAACAAACGGCAUAAAAUCUCCAAAGCGUGAAGCUGAUGCCGAUGCCGAUGCCGAUGCGCAGGGCUCGCCGGCCUCGUCGGGAGGUUUUGAUUCUCUCUUUGGCGGCGACGAUGUUGAUGCGGAUGAUUUAUUCGGAGAAGAACUGUCGAAUACUCGAACGGCGAAGAAUUCAACAUUAGCAUUAGCAGAUGGCGAUGAUGACGUUCUGAUGGGUGAUACCCAACCGGCAGAACAGCAACUAAUAAACGAGAAUGCCAGUGUGGUUGCCGCAGCAGAGGCUUCAGCAGAAAACCAGUCGUCAGAAACAGUAGGCGACAUUAACAUUGACAUCCCUGACACAAGAGAAUCACAAGGUCCCGAAAACCCAAGAUCGCCAGUCAAUAUGAAUGAUCUUGAUGCAAACGGCAGCCCGGAUGUAUCAUCUAAUAUCUUCUUAGCCGCUUCAAUCGAUGGUAUUGUCAGAGUGUAUGAUCGCAGGCAAGAAGUACCUAUUACGAGGUUACUACCUGGGAAGGGUAUUCCGCCUUGGAGCACAUCUGCUUGUUGGGGUGUUGAUGGGAAUUCUGUGUAUGUUGGGCGAAGAAAUGGCACAGUGGAGGAAUAUAACAUUCAUAAGGAUUUCCAGAAUUCGGUUCGGACGUUGAAGUUCCCGGGCGGCAGCGGGGCUGUUAGCUAUGUAACGCCAAUGGUAAAUGGAAGACAUCUAGUCUGUGCAUCGUUCGAUAACUUGAGAAUAUACGACUUGAAGGAUGAUGAUGCGACAAGACAUUCUCGAGUACCUUUCUUAAUUGUUCCCGGGCAUCAUGGCGGAGUCCUUAGUUCAGUGUACGUUGACCCAACGAGUAAUUAUCUGCUCACAAUGGCAGGAACCCGGGGUUGGGAGGGCACAUCGACUGAAGUCAUGUUGGGCUAUGAGAUUGUUCCUAUGUAG